UUUCUAUCGUGGAGAGCCCGACUGGCUAGGACUAUAAUGGCUGCUGAUUAUUCAGCAAACGAGGGAAGUUUGCAGUCGAAUAAUGAAAGUUUGUCCUCUGAAUAUAGGAAAGGUGCGGUCCAAGAGUUAAGCAUAGGUCCAGUGUGCAACAGCAGAGCCUUAAAUGCUGAAACCAGCGGUGGAGAACUGGAAUUGAGUCCAAGUGGCCCUGUAUUGAAAACCCUGGACCACGCCGAAGUUGUUGUAACCAAUGAUGCAGUUCCACGCGUAAACAUUAAAGUUGAACAAGCGAAGAAAGACGAAUAUAUAGAUGUACAUUUUGUCAAGAUCGGGGAAGGAGAUUUGGGUGACAAGACAACCAGUAUAGGAGUCUCGUCUGAGAGAGAUGAAAGUGCCAAUGAGGAUUUGCCAUUUCACUGUGAGGAUUGCAGUGACACCUUUGGAGACAAGGAGGUUUACCUAGAGCAUUGUAGCAAGCAUAUCCAUGAUGGUCCCAUAGUCUGCCUGGACACGGAUUCACAGUGGGAUGACCUGCUUGUGUCAACAGAUAGAGGCCAAAAAACUUUAUUCUGUGCUCUGUGCGGAGAAAUGUUUUCAAGCUCAAAGGAGUUUUUUGCCCAUCAACUUAAGCAUCGUAAUCAAGUAAUUAAACAUGGGACAAAUGCUGGCUUUGAGCAGGGAGUGAUAAGACAGAAGCUUUUUGAGUGCAAGGAUUGUGGUAAAGCUUUUGCCUCUGUUGGUCGGUGUCUGAACCAUCAGCGUUCUCAUAAAUUGGCCUCAAAGUCCGUUUUUCAUCAGCUUGACCAUCUACAGAAAAAAUCAUUUCAGUGCCCCAUCUGUGGACGCAGUUACUCUCGGGCUUCAGCUCUUGACGCACACCGCCUUUGCCAUGAGGUAAAGCUGGUAAAAUCCAAAACCUGUGAUACUAAGAAGCCUCCAGGUCCAACUGAAGACAAUGGCUCAAGCUGUGAACAGAUUGAGGAUCAUCAGCAAAAGUUUGUUCAGUGCUUUUGUGGAAAAUCUUUUCGCAACAUAUCUGGCCUUUUGACACACAAGAGAUUCUCAACCAGCUGUUCAGAAGGGAAGGUGAAGGAGGAAGUUAAACAUCCAUUUGAGUGCUCUGAAUGUGGGAAGACCUUUGGUAGAUCUAUGGCUCUGUUGUGCCAUCAGCGUUGGCAUAAAAGACGAGAACAGGUCUCCAGUGGCCAGCCAUAUAAAUGUAAAGAGUGCGGCAAGGGGUUCACCUUAUUCGCAUUCUACAAUAAGCACCAGCGUCUAGCUCACAGCGAAGAGCUGCCAGCCAAAUCAUUCCUUAAUGAAGUUUAUCAGCUGAAGAAGAAGGCUUUUGAAUGUCAGGAUUGUGGUCGUCAGUUUUCACGAGCAUCUGCUCUGCAAUCACAUCAGCUCAGUCAUACGGAUGUCUUCCUCGACAUCAUGGAGAAGGACUCUAAAACAAGUGCUGCAAUGCAAACAGUAAAAAAAUACGGGAAUGCCAGAGACAUGAAAGACGAUGUUGCUUUUGUGACAACAAUGUAUUCGCAGAAGAUCUCUCACACUCAAGUUCAAGAGAGAGAUUUAAUCUACAGUGACACACUCAACACAGCAAAAGAGCCAGAGGUAAUAGAUAUAGAUUAUGAAGUUGUCCGCAUCACAGGAUCUGAUGAUUAUGAGAAAAGUAGUGGUCUCCAAGAUCAAAAUCCUGAUCUUGAGUUAGUGUGUGAAUCAGACCAAGAGGAUAAAGAUGACUUUGACUACAGCUCGAGUCUGACAACCGAAUCCACCUUCUCCCUGCAGGUGAAUCCAGAGAUUGAUGUCAAACUUGUACAGACCGAUUAUGAGCAUUUAAAUGAUGGAUUAAUAAAUGACCAAAAAAUUUGCAAAAGCCAUCCUGAAGAGCCUGUUAAACUUAAUUGUUCACAUUGUGAUCAAACGUUUGUCACUGCCUUAUCCUUGCGUCAGCACAUGCGUUGGCACAAAGAAGAAUUGGAGACACCUACUAAAAAUGCACUUAUGGAAUGUGAGGUUUCUGGCCAUGAAAGUGCUUCCAAGAGUGCUCAUUACUUUCAUAUGCAAAAACAUGACGACAAAGUACCUUACAAGUCUAUUUCAUACCAGGUUGCAAAUUUGCAGAAGAACAAUAUUAAAUGCGAGGAGUGUGGAAUGUGUUUUUCACGACUCUCUGCAUUACAUUCUCACCAACAGCAUCACUCAAAAAAGCCAUUCAUGUGCUUACAGUGUGACAGGAGCUACACAAAUGCAAGAAGUCUGUACUACCAUUGGAAAGUUUGCAAUGGCAGGAAACUCAGAAAUAACAAUGACAAAGAUAAAAAGGAAAAGCAUUUCAAUCCAACCAAGUCACUUUUGGGCCCAAAGUUUCAUCAUUGUAAAAAAUGUGGUAAAGGUUUUUGGUCUUUGGGUGCUUUCUAUCAUCACAAGCAAAACCACUCGCAGUGCGCAAAUGUGGAAACUGCAAGGCCUGCUGAUACAUCAGACCCUGAGAAUGGUCAUGUGCGACGUAAGAAAAGGGGUCGUAGGGGUGGUCAGAAAAAAGAACAUCCUAUGUUCAGAACACCCUCGGAUUCAAAAAAGAAACAUAAAUGUGAGGUAUGUGGCAAAUCGUACCACUUGCUAGCUUGUUUUCUUAAACACCAGCUUUCCCAUGAUCGCCAACCCCCUGUCAAAUCUUUUGACUAUCAAGUUGAACAGUUGAAAAAGAACUCUUACCAAUGUCCAUGCUGUGGAAAAGCUUUCUCACGUGCAAUGGCCCUCCAGUUUCACAUGAAAAGUCAUGGCUUUGAGACUCGCCUCCCUGUGACUGAAUCUUCUGAUUUGCCACUAAGUUUUGAGGUGCCUCCAUGCCCGACAUGCCAAGUUGAUUUCACAUGUGAGUCAGAGCUACUAAAUCAUAUGAAGCACUGUUCAAAACCAAGGGACGAAGUGGAAUAUCCACAAAAAUGUAAGAAAAUGGUUAUAAAGGAGCAAGAUGUGUCCUCUCAUGACAAUGAAGAUGUACUGAUAUGUGAAACUUCUCAUUCAAUCGGGUCUACAAAUAAACAGAAACCAUGUUUAGCUUCUGAUUUAAAAUACAAAUGUCAGGAAUGUAGCAGAAGUUUCUCAGUAAUUGGGGCUCUUAAUUUUCAUAAGAGAAUUCAUUGCAUAGGUUAUGUAUCUAAAAGAAAUUUGAGAGCUGAACAGGCAAAGCGGCCCAAGGUUGCCAAAAUAAAGGUAGAGAAGCAUUUGGCAAGAACUCCUUUCAUGUGUACAGAAUGCGGAAGAUAUUUUACCUCAAAUUCAGGUCUUGGCACACAUAGGCGAUGGCACAGGGACAAAACAUUUGCCAGAUUUUUGUCAAAGAGCUAUAAGAAAUGCUCAAGAACUGUUAAAAGUGUGGAUGGUGGACCUUAUUUAUGCAAUUUAUGCGGGAAAGGAUUCUUCUACCUUUGUGUUCUUCGCCGGCAUCAGAAACAUCAUCCCCUCAUAAAGAAUCAACCCCAAAAAGAGAAAGAAGCUGAAACUGCUGAAUCAAAUGGCAAUUUUAGCUGUCCACAAUGUCAAAUGUCUUUCCCAACUGUGUCUCUUCUAACAAUUCACUUUGAAAACCAUCACAUUAAGCCUGCAGAGACUGAGAAACCACAGUCAGAUAUCCUCCCUACUGAGGAGUCCAGUCCACCCAUCACACAAUCUUACACACCUACCAAACAAGAGAAGACCAAUGUGCAAUAUCAUCAGUGCUCUUACUGUGCUAAGAGAUUCUUGAAUGUACGUGGUCUUCGUGCACACAAAUGGCAGAAACACCUCAAUGUUGAAAGACAGCCCACUGCAUCUCUUGAAGAGCACCCAAAUGUCGUCAAUUGCUCUGCAUGUUAUAAGCCCUUUGCUUCAGAAUGGGCCGUUCAGAAUCAUAAAAUGUUUUGCAGGGCCAGUAAUGCAGACCUGAAGCAAUUUAUGGAAGAGGAACCUGCACAGAAAAGUCGAAAUGUAGAACUCUCAACCAAAUGUAUUUUCAAAUGUGAUAAAUGUGCUAAAGCUUUUUCCAGUGAGGAGAAGCUAAAUGCACAUAAAGAAGUGGUAAAGACCCGACCACACUGUUGUGCUCUUUGCUGCCGUGGAUAUUGGACUGAAAGCCAGCUACUGCAGCAUCUUGCAUGGCACAAUGAAGUACAUCACCAACUACCAGCUGAACUGCAAUACAGACUCAAUGCUUCUAUGGCACCUGGGUCCUCAGACAAACUCCAGGCUUCUUUGCACAUAUCCACAUACAUGGUCAAGCAGCCUGUAGCCCUCUCAAAUCUACAAACUAACAGUCAUAAAUGUCAGCCCUGUGAUAAAACAUUCUUGUCACAACAAGCGUUUCAGCAACACCAAGUUGUUCACCAAAUUGAGGAAUCGGACCAUUGUGCUCUGUUUCCACAAAUACAAAGUGAUGUCAGAGAUCUUAAUGACCACCAUCACGAGGGCUUAGGUGAUAAAGUGGUAAAGGGCAGUACAUUGGUUCCCCAGAGAAGCGGUUUUGUAAACCUGACUUGCAUUGAGUGUGGAAUUUCCUUUAAACAGGAAAUGGAACUGCAUCAACAUUACAUUAAACACGCACGUGGAGAGUUCUAAAACUUCUAAAAAUCUAUAAAAAAAGUGAAUGAUAACUGAUAUUUUUCUGGCUCAUUGUCUUUAUAUGACACUGAUUUAUUUUAGCACUCUCUAAAAGAGUUUUGUUUACUGCUGUAAAUGAGGAGAGUUGCAGUCCACACAUGCCCUUUAAACAAUGUGUUUUAACUACAUAAAUGCUGUAAAUGAGUGUUAUUACUUUAAAAGUUUCUGCAAUGCAACUUCCACACUUAUUAUGCAUUUGUUAUAUUUAGACACUUUUUUUUUAUUAUUAUUAUUAUUUUCAGAUUUAUUUUCCCUCUUUGUUGGAGUCUUCAAUUGAAAGUUUCUCUAUUAAAUUCUUGUCAUUUUGUACUUUGAAAGAGGUAAUUUAAGAUUAAACUGCCAUGGUGUUUAAAUAUUUGUUGUAAAUGUAAUAAAAAUUGUUGGAGAGUACACUUUUUUUUUCCCCCACAAAGAUUAUAACCUAACCAAGUCUUCUGUUAGGUUAUGCUAGAGAUAGAUAUGUGAUUGUACUGCUUGUCUUUUUAAUUGGUAAGCCCUAUACCAAAACAAUUGGACAGUUUUUGACCUUUUUCCAUGUUAACAUUGCCAUUGUUUAGCUUUGUACUGUACAACAUAUUAGUUACCAUGAUUCUCAUCUUUCCAGAUUUCAAAAGAUAUGUUUAAUGUAAUGUACAUUUCUUUUGAAAAUGUGACUGUAGAGAUUUGUUUUUCCUUGGUAGAUAUAAUGUCAAUUUCCUGUAUAUAAUUCUGAUUCGACUCCUUCAAAGUCAUACAAUGUAAUUUUUAGAACGAAUGGGUAAACUUCAACUUGAUCAGCAGUGAUAUUGAAAAGGUUUGUAGUUGGUUUGGUAUUUAAAGACCACUUUAAUUUCCUUAGAAAUUUUAUUUCGAUUUCAAGAUUAGUAUUAAAGGGAGCCUGGGUAGUUCAGCGAGUAUUGAUGCUGACUACAUCGCGAGUUCAAAUCCAGGGCAUACUGAGUGAUGCCAGUCAGUUCUCCUAAGCAACCAAAUUGGCCCAGUUGCUAGAGAGGGUAGAGUCACAUAGGGUAACCACCUCAUGGUCAUGAUUAAGUGGUUCUCGCUCUCAAUGGGGCAUGUGGUACGUUGUGCGUGGAUAGCGGAGAGUAGCAUGAGCCUCCGUGCUGUGAGUCUCCGCGGUGUUAUGCACAGCAAGAUGCGUGGAUUGACGUCUCAGACUUGGAGGCAACUGAGAUUCAUCCUCCACCACCUGGAUUGAGGUGAGUCACUAUGCUACCACGAGGACUUGGAGUGCAUUGGAAAUUGGGGAGAAAUGUGGAGAGGAAGAAAAAAUAAAAAGAUUAGUAUUGAAGAGAAUAAAGAAUUAAGCUUGAAUUUGUCCAGAGGGAAAGUCGCUUCUAAGACACAAAAAAUACUGUAAGAAUGUGGCUUAAGACAGAAUGCUAUUGUAUUAUAGAGGUUUUUUGCUAAUCAAGUUGAGACAACAACAGAUUUCCAUCAUCUCAAAUAGAAAUGUAAAUCUGUGGAUGUUCUUACCAAUGAUCAGAUAAAACCUUAUUCAUGAAACAUGAGUGGAACAAAUUUGUGUGAAAACGCAUUCCUAGGUAAAUUUUCCCUUUGAAUUGAAUCAGACAGUAUACAUUAGAAGCGUUUUACUAACUUUACACAAAGUUCUGCUUGUUUUUCAUGACUAAGGCCUAAUGUGCAAAUGUCUAUAAAGAUGUUACAUUUUACUUGUUGACGGAAACCUGCAUUGAUGUAUCAUCAAACUUUGGAGCUGUUUUAAAAAAAUAUAUAUUUUUUUAACUUUUGAUGUGAUCUAUUUUAAACCUGGACCUGAAACCUCUAAAUCACACACAAUAUACUGUAUAUAUUCACCUGUUGCCUGAUAAAUGCUAUGUAGACUUACUGCCUUUAAGAUUCCUCAAUAUCUAGGAAAUGUUUUCUUUUGUUCUUCAUAAGGUUGAAUGUACUUUCUCAAAUCUGUUUUUGUCUGCAUUCUAAUAAACUCUGUAAAAAAAGAAACCUCUCACUUUCAACUGCUUUUAUUUUCUGCAAAAUGAAUGUGUAAAUAUUUGUAUGAACAUAAUUCAACAACUAGGACAUAAACUGAACAAGUUUCACAGACGUUUAAUGUGUCCCUGAACAAAAGGGGGGCAUUUCUGGGGGGAAUGGCCCUAGCCCUCACCCUCCGAUCCAACAAGUCUCUGACAUGCUCCAUGGGUUUGAGAUCCGGCUCUUCGCUAGCCAUGGCAGAACACUGACAUUUGGAUGUACCGAUCCUGUGCAGGUGUUACACGUGGCCUGCCACUGCAGAGACGAUCAGCUGUCCUUCCUGCACUGUCUUAAGUGUCUCACAUUAUGGACAUUGCAAUUUAUUGCCCUGGCCACAUCUGCAGUCCUCAUGCCUCCAUGCAGCAUGCCUAAGGCAUGUUAACGCAGAUGAGCAGGGACCCUGGGCAUCAUUCUUUUGGUGUAUUUCAGAGUCAUUAGAAAGGUCUCUUUAGUGUCCUAAGUUUUUAUAACUGUCACCUUAAUUGCCUGCUGUCUGUAAGCAGUUUGUUUCUUAAUGACCGUUUCAUAGGUGCUUGUUCAUUAAUUGUUUAUGGUUCAUAGAACACUCACGGAAAACAUUGUUUAAACCCUUUAAAAUAAAGAUCUGUAAAGUUAUUUGGAUUAUUACAAAAUUAUCUUUAAAAUACAGUGUCCUGAAAAUAGGAUGUUUCUUUUUUUACCGAGAUAUUUGCAUGUUUCAAGUUUAACAUGUAAAUCCAUUUUAAA